GCUCUGAACGGUCUUUGGCAGAAGUUUGCUACACGCACACAGAUGUCAGCGGAGUUUCUCAAUCUGUCACUUUGCUCGUUUGAUGGAGGAAGGAGAGAAGGAAAAAAACUGGACACCGUGACUCUGACAACUCCCGCGAACCGCCUUCCCAUGACUACUUCACCCGACGGCGUCCCGUCGUCACCUUUUAGCCGCCCUACCUGCUAGCUCGUCCCGGGUUUGGCUUGACAGCCGCGGAGCAACACCCAUGAUCCCGUGUCAGAAGUUCCCGAGCUAACGGCGCUAGCUUCUGCUGCUGCUAGCUAUGUUUUCUCAGCUCGACUUAAAACCUCCAGCAACAAAAGCAGCAAUUUGACAGUGUUUCUUUUUGUCUUUUAAGCUACCAAACUAAGUGCCUUUUUUUGUUGUUGAGGGGGACAAGUUUGUCGUUGCUAAACACGAAGCUAUCAAUCUGUCAGACAUGGGACUACACCCGCUGGAAUUCAGUGAAUGCUAUCUGGACAGCCCCAGCUUCAGGGAGAAAAUCAAGGCACACGAAGCAGAGCUGGACAAAACCAACAGGUUCAUCAAAGAGUUGUACAAAGAUGGGAAGAACCUCAUCAAUGCGACAAAGCAGCUUGGGAUGGCACAGCGAAAGUUUGCCCAGUGCCUGGGAGAAUUUCAGUUUGAGUACAUCGGAGAUGCAAAGACGGAUGAUGAGAAAUGCAUUGAUGAGUCUUUGCAAGAGUUCUCCUCAUUCCUCAAAAACCUAGAAGACCAAAGAGAGUUGAUGAUGAGAAACAUCACAGAAACCUUAAUGAAACCUUUGGAAAAGUUCAGAAAAGAGCAGCUCGGUGCAGUAAGGGCGGAAAGAAAGAGGUAUGAAAAAGAAACAGAGAAGUACUACAGCUCUCUGGAAAAGCUUCUGAAUAUGUCAGCAAAGAAGAAAGAGCCACAACUACAAGAGGCAGACAUCCAGGUGGAAACCAUGAGGCAUCAAUUUCAGGGGGAGUCGCUGGACUAUGUGUGCAAACUGCAAGAGAUCCAAGAGAGAAAGAAGUUUGAGUGCGUGGAACCGAUGCUGGCCUUUUUUCAGACCGUCUUCACCUUUUAUCACCAGGGCUAUGAGCUCGCCAAGGACUUUGAUCAUUAUAAAAGAGCGCUACAGAUCAACAUUCAGAAUACCAGGAGUCGAUUUGAGGGCGCGCGGUCAGAAGUGUACGAGCUGAUGAAGAGGAUCAGAGAGGCGCCACAAGAAUACAGACAGACCAGCCCUAUCAGUUGUGAAGGCUACCUCUAUGUACAGGAAAAACGGCCACCCCCCUUUGGUUCAAGCUGGGUCAAGCGCUACUGCACAUUUGUCAAAGAGCAGAAGAUCCUGCACAUGGUGACUUUUGACCACAGAUCUGGUGGAAAGAUUGGCGAGAAGGAGUCCAUCACACUCAAAUCUUGUCUCCGCAAAACGACUGACAUGUUGGACAGGAGGUUCUGCUUAGACCUCGACAUAACUGAUCGCCCAGGGACAGUGCUUACAGUACAGACUCUGUCGGAGGAUGACCACAAGUUUUGGAUGCAAGCCAUGGGUGGGAAGGAACCUAUUGGACAUUAUCUUGGGAGGACUCUUUCUAAAGAAAGAGGAAUUGAUGCCCAGUUGGAUGAAGUGGGUUUGAAUUUUGUGAAGAAUUCCAUCAGUGCCAUAGAGACAAGAGGUAUUAAUGAUCAAGGCCUAUACAGAGUUGUUGGGGUAAGCUCCAAGGUCCAGAAGCUCCUCUCAUUGAUGAUUGAUGAGAAGAGCAACGAAGUGGAUCUGUCUACAAGUGAAGACUGGGACGUUAAGACAAUAACGAGCGCACUUAAGCUUUAUCUGAGGAGCCUUCCUGAGCCACUGAUGACCUAUGGACUAUACAAAGAGUUCAUCAGCCCUGCAAAGGGCGGUAGUCCUGAGUCUCGCAUCCAAGCCGUGCACUGCCUGGUCCACAAACUACCGGAGAGGAAUCGACUAGUCCUCGGGCUACUUAUGAAGCAUCUGGCCAAUGUGGCGGCCCACAGCAAACAGAAUCUGAUGACCGUGGCCAACCUGGGCGUGGUGUUUGGGCCCACAUUAAUGAGGCCACAGGAGGAGACUGUUGCUGCCAUCAUGGAUCUCAAGUUUCAGAACAUUGUGGUGGAAAUCCUCAUCGAACAUCAUGAAAAGAUUUUUGCAGAUGCUCCCGAGUCAUGCCCUCUUUCACCUGCUGCCCCAGUGUUCUCUGCUCCCACAAGGCAGUCCAAGAAAUUGGGUCGACAGAAUCGGCCUUUGGCCGUCUACAAUCCACAAGCCCUGGACAUUCAGAAUGUGUCAGCAGUGGGAGAUUAUUCCAGCCUGACUACAGAGGAGACAUCGAUGGGCAGCAAUGAGUCCGUAUCGUCCCAGUCGUCGUCCGCCUCAGCCUCAGAGACGCCUAUAGAGAAGACCGAUCACCCCCCACUUGGCAGCAGCCUCAGCUCAGGCAGCAACUCCAGAUCCCCUACAGUAUCUGAGCCUGCUCUUGGAGCAUCCAGAGACAACCAUCCUGCUGCCUCCACUGCUGCUUCUGAAAAAGAAAAGCCAGAGGAGGGUGUCACCAGCAGGAAAGCCAAGGCAGUGUACCCAUGUGAGGCUGAGCACGACUCUGAGCUCUCCUUCCAGGUCGGCGCAAUAUUCAACGCUGUGACCCAGUCGAGGGAGCCGGGCUGGCUGGAGGGGGAGCUGGAGGGGAAGAGGGGCCUCAUCCCUGAGAACUAUGUGGAGAUGCUGUAGAACCAAGUGGAAAUAUUUAUGGACACUUUAUCACCGAGAAGAGUAUGAAAACAUGCACGUGCUUCAACUCAACUCACAUUUGUUUGUUGUUUUUUUCAAUCCAAAGCCCGUUGACUUCACUCAAUCCAGAGACGCUAUAUGUUAUUAUUGGUGGACUAUUCGAGACACAAGUAUAUCCAUUGUGGCUGCCAAGUAGACUUUGUGAUGCAUGUGCAAGCGUGACUUUAUCGCGGUCAAAUAUUCACACGAGUUUCACCAUUGUAACUGCAAAAUGGGAUUGCACUUACAGUGUUCUGCUGUAUAUGAAGAUGCUGUAGCCUCUAAACAUCCAAGUAACUUCGUAGAGAGGAUGAACGUCCGUCUGCACUCGCUCUCUGCUCUACCCAAUUAUACAUGGUAUCCAUGAGCUCACAAUCAAAGGGGGGGUCCUGUAGAAACUGUAAGGUAGAAUGUCAGCACUGUAGCUUUUAACCCUCCUGACAAUGAUACACACAAAUUUGUUUUCAGUUCGUUAAAGAUUAGAGAUACCUGUGUGCCUUAACCAUCCAAACACCAAGUGUAAAUGUAUGUACGGGUAUGUAUGAAAACGAAUUGGAGUGCUACUGCUUUCGCUUCUAAAAUGUUGUAUUCUUCUGUUGUUUUGAGAAUAUCUAGAUAUUGAAAAUGAGGCACAUCGCUACUGUAAUUUUAUUUUAUUUAAUUGGCGCAUUGAUUGCAUGAGUUUUGAAUUUUAAAUACACUCUGUACUGUUUUGUUCUUGGUGCACUCCUUUACAGAAACACAGUGAAACGCCUCCGAUGCCAGAAGAACCCUGUUGUGUUAAACACUAGCAUCCAACAGUGUGAACAGAGGUGAAUUCCAGUAGACAGCAAUGAUUGAAACCAAGUGUUUUCCAUGUCAAAUGAUCUCUUUUGUUUGUUUUUAAAGCUUGUUUUUAACGUUGCUCAGUUUCUUCUGAGCAGAGAAAUGAAACACUCUCACAAAGUUGAAAUUUUAUAUUUCAGCAUCACUUUAUGUUCACUCAAAAUCAAUGUUUUAUUGUCGGUAAGAUUACAAAAUGCAGUUCUGACAAAAUAUUUUAGAGGUUUUCCAUCUGUUCAGUAUUCACAGCUGAAUUAUUAAGGAGUUAUGACCAAGUACAUUUACUCCCUUGAAAUGAAGGGCAGGUUUUAGGUUUUCAUUUAGAUUGGAUUUAGCUCAUCAUUAUAUGUUCAGAAAAUCACUUUUACAAACAAUUUACCUGAGAAGUUCGGUUUACCGGAUUGUUUGUGUUUCAUUUGCAAGAAUUUAAAACAUUGAUUUAUAACAUUCAUAAAGGGUCUUGACUUGUUUCUGUUUAUUUUUUUUAUUUUUACCUUUGGGUAUCCUCUUGAUCAAUGUUAAACAAAUAAAGAUUUUUUCUUUUACUGUA